AUGGCGCCCUCCCCAAACUCACUGGCGGCGUCCCGCUGGGCGUCCCCACAGCCAAAGCGACAUCCUCAAACACACCGGCCCCCAAUAACUCUAUUACCAUCUAUACCGACAUUGACACAGGUGACGAAUCGCUCAAGUCAACCAUCCUCGUCUCCAAUCUCUGCACAGAGCUCAUCUGCAAACCGAUUUCCGAGCCAGUCCCCACAGAAAUCACCAGCCCAUUUCAACGGUGCCCAGAACGCUUCUCAGCCAGCGCCCACUACGAGCAUCAAAAGUCAACCUUCCUCGCAUAGCUCACACCUCCAACUCUACAUCCGCCUCCUCCCACGUCUGAAAUGGCGCGCCUGCCUCCUCCUGACAUCUUUGCACUUCGCAACGAAUCCCUCCGCACACGGUGUCGGUAUGGAUGAGUCACAAGCAGACGUCCAGUUCCGCAUCGAGUUCUUCGAGUUCUAUGUGCUGCUUGAGCGAGUGCUACUAUCUUUGAUCAAUGCCGUUGGGCUGAAGGUAGCCAGGGACGGCGAUAAUGGUGUUCAAUCCAGGGGCAGAUCGCCUACUGAGUCGCUGAAAAACGUGAUGAGGACGGUUAGUCGUGACACCAGUAUCAAUGGUGGGGUCAGAGGUAAUGGGCUGAUCGGGGACAGUAGGAACUUUCCCGCAAUACCGACGACUGUGAGAGAAGAUUUCGCCAGCGGACCGAACGCAAGCCGAUUCAGCAAUGACCGCAGCCACGCCUUCCACGCCAACCUCCUCACCACUCUCUCGCAGUCACACCAGAAUCCACUCUACGCCACACUAGGCACAGGAAGAGCCAAUGCAUACAUCGCACUUGCGAAAGACCUCCGCAAUGGUUGGAAGACCGUCGCUGCAGAGUCCUCCAUAACGAACGGAAGGGGUCGCUCGAGGAGUCCCGCAAAGAAGCACUGUCUUCCCAAUGGGACUCAAUAUAACAAUCCCGACGGCGGUCAGGCGCCAGACUCUGACGACGAAGAGGCGGCACGACUACAAUCGCGACUCAAGCGACGCUACGCGGACCUCCUUCAGGAGCUGAAGCUCGACGAGAUGCUGUGCGAGAUACUCAACGCGGUCGAGGCUGCUGGCGUUGUCGCUACACAGGUCAUCGAGCAGAAUGAGCAUCUGCGAGACGCCAAGGGCGACGUGAUUCAUGUCCACGACAGAAAAGCAAGUGUAGAGAUGGUGGAUGCCAUGUAUCUCGACGAGCGGUACGGGGCAGGACAUGGUCACAACGUGCAGGAUGGUCCAGUUGAGAGCCGAGGUAUGGAAAUGGGCAUGGGAUGGGCCGGUGAUGAGAUGGAGUUCUAA